AUGCUUGCUGAACCAAACGAUGAGAGCGCCGCAAAUGUGAAUGCAGCAAAAAUGUGGAGAGAAGAUAGGGAACAAUUCGAGUUAACGGCUAAUAAAUUGGUGAGAAGUACACUUGGCUUCCCUAUUAAUCAACAACAACAAAAGGUUCUGGAAGCGUCAAUAUCUUCGUAAAAAAGGAGUUUUUGGUUGUUUUAUUGUCAAAAAAAAUUUUUUUUAUUAAAAGAUUAAAGGAUAAAGAAAAGAUAACUGUUUCUUUCCAACCCCGGGACAAGUCACCAUUUAUUGAUGUAUUUUCGUGAUUUCAAAGUGUGGGGAAGUGGGAUUUAAGACAGAAUCCGAAAAAUCUCCAUUUUGGGGCGAGGACCUUUGCCAAACUCCUAACCUUUAAUCAGGAAAUCCUAAAAAAUGGUUUGCUUGAAUCCGG